CCAUCUCUUUCUAAAUCCUAUCUCUCUCUCUCUCUAUUUAUUUAUUUUCUCUCUCUGAAAGUAGUGUUUGGUUGAAAGGAAAAAUGGGAACAGCCACAUGUAUCGACAUCAUUUUGGCCAUCCUCUUGCCUCCCCUUGGUGUUUUCCUUAGGUUUGGUUGCGGGUUGGAGUUCUGGAUCUGUCUGUUGCUGACCAUCCUUGGCUACAUCCCUGGAAUUAUCUAUGCUAUUUAUGCUAUCACCAAGUGAUCACCCAUCAACUCCCAGGUUGGAGAUAUGAAAGGCCUAUACGCAGCUACUUUUAAUUUCUGCCGACGGGUUGAUGAACGGUGCUGAUUUGAUUUACUUGUUUCCUAGUUUUGUAUUUGAAAGUACACUAGGUUAAUGAUUGGGACCGGUGGUUGGUUUGAUUUUGCUAUGUACUUAUGAUGGUGGUUUGAUUUUGUGACUAGUACUUAUGGUGGUGGUUUUUAUGCACAAGUUAUUGUGCAUCAUUCGGUCAUCAAAUUUCUAUUAAAUCAGGUGUUUAGAUUAUUGUGUA